AAGAGGAGGAAUAUACAGAGAAGAAAGUCAAGAAACCCAACAUUCGCCGGCAAUGGCGGCGGCGAAGAAACCGACUCUACAAGACGUUGUUUCCGAUGACCUUAACUAUGAACUCUGGGCUCCAACCGUGAAAACUACUCUAACGGAAAAAGGACUUUGGGAUGUUGUUGAAAAUCUAAUCCCGGCGGAUCUGUCGAAACUUCCAGAGCUAGCGACGGAGACUCCACCGGAAGAUCUUCCGAAAUGGAGAGACUUUAUGGGAAAAGACACAGAAGCGCUUCAGAUUUUGCAAUCUUGUCUCCCAGAUUCGGUUUUGAGAUUGACACUCGAAGCCAAUUCAGCCAAAGAUCUUUGGGAUUUGCUUAAAGAAGCUAACGAAAAGGCCAAGUUUGAGAAGAAACUCGAACAAGAUAAGAUCAAAGAAGGAGAACGUAUCUCCUCAUUGUUGAUGGAGAUUGUUAAUGACAGUUCAAAAUCCAUUUAUCUGGCCAUCGCCAAAAUGGUAAUCUCGCUGUCAGAUUCAUAUGAGAAUGAAACGGACGAACUCAUACUCGCGGGUCUAAAGAAGCUAACUUUUAACCGAUUUCGUCUGCUUCUUGCUCGAUUUGAAUUAUCGACAGUGAAUCACACCUUGUACGAAAUUAUGAUAGUAAAUGGGUAUGGAUCAUCAUCACAAGAUUUGGAAAGUUUUAUCAAAUGGUUAACCUCGAUGUCAGAUUCAUAUGAUGGUGCUGCUCUGGUGAUGGAGGAACUAAUGUGUGUGAAGAAUCUCACUUAUAACAAUUCUCGUGAGCUUUUUGAUUUGUUUGAAUUAGUACCAUUGAAGACCAUCAGUGAUAUUAUGAAUGACUUUGAGGUUGGAUCAUCAUUACAUACGAAAGAAGUUUGUUAUUCAGCCAAUGAUGUUAGGGAUUUCCUAAAAGAAGUCAAUGUAGAGAAGAAAGAAGGAGUUUGUUCUGCUUCCAUGGAUUUGAAAAGGGUAAUAAGAUCUAGGCAUGAAAGAGGAGAGUGUAUUCAUUGUGGAGGAAAAGGGCAUGUCUUCAAAGACUGUAGCGACAAAAAGAUUCAAAGCAGGAAUGUUGGUCCUGUGACAUUUGAUGAGGAUAUGUGGAUGCUAUACACCAAUACCACUAACCAUAUGACUCCAUAUAUAAAGUAUUUCUCCACUUUAGACAGAUCACGCAGAUCUCGUAUACAAUCAAUCGUGUCUCAAGGAAUGGGAGAUGUCAGGAUCAUGACCAAGGAAGGGAAGACUAAGAUGAUCAAGAAUGUGCUUUAUGUUCCGGGGAUGGACAGAAACGUGUUGAGUGUUCACCAGUUGGCAGAAUUAGGCUACAGUAUCAGAAGGAUCGAUGACAGAUGCACUAUAAAAGAUCAGAAUGGGAGAUUAUUUGGUCAAUCCUUUUUGGAAAAGAGAGGUUUUUUUCUGCGUUUGCAGGUAGUUGAAGGUAAUCUCACCUCUUAGUUGCUAGACUUACUAGUAAUCUGUCUACUAUGCGGAUUUAGUUAGGUUGAUUCAGUUUUCCAAUUUGGACAAUUAAUGUGGCAUCAAAUAUCAAUCUUAGUUUUGAGGAAAUAUUUUGAUUACUGUAUGCUGCGACUGCUUUUGGAAUAUGAACAUAUAUCUAGUGCAAUGUUAAGUCUCUAUGGUAAAUCAUCUUGGCGUGGUCUCACAAGUCAAAACCAUCAACCAUCCUUCUUGAAUAGCGUUGGAGAGAAACUUGCAUUGCAUGUCGUGUAAUAACUUAACCUGAUUAAC